AUGGUUCCUUCUAACCACCACCUCAUUUCCUUCCUUCUCUCCUUGUUCUUCUUCACGACAGUAUCUCAAUCCCAGCCCUCAUUCCGCCCAAAAGCCUUAAUUCUCCCAGUUACCAAGGACCCAUCAUCCCUUCAGUACCUCACCCAACUCAACCAAAGAACCCCUCUUGUCCCGGUGAAGCUAACUCUCGACCUCGGAGGGCAGUACCUCUGGGUGGACUGCGAAAAAGGCUAUCUCUCAUCGUCCUACAAACCAGCUCUUUGUGGGUCUGCUCAAUGCUCGCUUGCAAAGACAAAAACCUGCUUCUCAGAAUGCUGCUUCUCAUCCCCCAAACCCGGGAGCUACAACAACACCUGUGGCCUAAUAGCUGACAACACGGUGAGCCAAACCUACUCGCUGCGCCAACUCGGUCAGGAUUUCGUCUCGAUCCAAUCGACCGAUGGGUCCAACCCUGGCAAAAUCGUCAAAGUUCCAAACUUUAUCUUCACUUGUGCCGCCACAUUCAUGCUACAGGGACUUGCAAAGGGGGUUGAAGGCAUGGCUGGUCUAGGCUGGACCAAAAUCUCCCUCCCUGCCCAGUUCUCUGCCGCCUUCAGCUUCCGCAGAAAGUUCGCAAUUUGCUUGAGUUCUGGUAAAGGAGCUGUCUUCUUUGGAGAUGGGCCAUAUAAUAUGCUACCAACAAACAUUGACAUCUCCAAGUCAUUGAUCUACACUCCAUUGAUUUUCAACAACGUCAGCACUGCCUCCGCCUCUUUUGCGGGCGACACAUCGUCUGACUAUUUCAUUGGAGUGAACUCAAUCAAAGUGAACGGCAAAAAUGUCCAAUUCAACAAGACUCUGCUCCAAUUCGGCGAAUAUGGUUUUGGUGGGACGAAGAUGAGCACUGUCCAGCCGUACACCGUACUCCACGCUUCCAUUCACAAAGCUGUGGUUACCAUUUUUGCUAAGGAGCUAAGUGGAGUGCCUAGAGUGGCAGGGGUUGGCCCGUUCGAGCUGUGUUACAACUCGACCGCGAUCGGGAGCACACCGGUAGGGCCGGCAGUGCCCGUGAUUGAUCUGGUGUUGCAGAGCAGCAAUGUGUACUGGAGGAUUUACGGCGCGAACUCGAUGGUUCAGGUGAAGGAAGAUGUGAUUUGUCUAGGUAUUGUGGAUGGCGGGGAGAAUCCCACGACUCCGAUUGUGAUCGGUGGGCAUCAGGUGGAGGAUAACCUGUUGCAGUUUGAUCUUGCGGCUUCCAAACUUGGGUUCAGCUCUUCUUUGUUGUUUAGGCAGACUUCUUGUGCCAAUUUUAACUACACUUCUACUGCUUGA